UGCUUACCUUUUUUUUUUUUUGCUGAAUCUUGGUUUCCCCGUUACUGUAAUAACAGCCAGCUAAGCAGGGGGUAUACAUCCGCCCAGCAUAUCCCCCCGAACCAUCUGCCACCUAAAAAUAACCCGCUCUUGUACGACCCUUCGUAAACCCUACCUAUCAUGAUAGGACAACCUAACACGAUCCUCCAGAUCCACUAAAUAACUCAGGUACCUAACCACACCCGCCACAGUAACACAGAACCCAUGGACGAUAGAAGAGUGGAUGCAAUGAGUGGUUUAUGUUCAUGGUUCAGGCGUGGGUGUGGUACCCCGCAAAACGCGAUCCUUUGACUGGGAGGGGAGGGCAGGGAAGCGUCAUCGAAUCGUUGACGUCACUGCCAUGUCCGGGGGUUCGCGUCUAUCGAUGUAUCAAUCAGGGCCGGUCAGGUCAGGCGCCAAACCUUGUUGUUGCACAGGUACAAAAACUGAUCCCGAACCCACCUAGUGCUGACGUGCUGGCUGGCUGGCUGGUUGGGCAAAUCAGACUUAUCGGGGGGAGUGGACUGGGGUGUUUUGUCAGUUGGGUUGUCUUUUUUGGAUGGAUGUGUCUGCCUGGGAGGUAUAUACUCUGUACUGCUGUAAAAGCUGGAUGGAGCGAUGUACGGAGGAGUACUGUCGAUGUAUACAAGCAUGUCAAGUGCCGGCAGGGGCAAGGCAGCCAAGUGCCUAGACCGCCUGUGGCAGCCGGUCUAGUCCGCCCCCAGCCAAUCGGCCGCCCGGCCUGUGCCGCCGCCGGGCCUGGCUCGGGCUUCCUGCAGACGAUCUGCCGCGUCUGAUUGGCCCCGGGCGACCGUUUCGGCCGGAGCGGAGCAGGCCAGGAGAACCGUUACGUAUUGAGCAAAAGAAGGACGUCGGAGGGGUUUCCCUCCUUA